AUGGGCGUGGGCGUGGGUUGUCGCAAGAUGGGGCGUGGAAGUGGGUGUCGCAAGAUGGGGCGUGGGCGUGGGUACCACAUGGGCGUAGGCAUGGGGUGGACGUUUAAACUUCUCUCCACCACAAAAGCCAACUACCAAGAACGCCCAGCCCACCAUAAAACACAGUACACAAAGAGACCCGCGCCCGCAAAGCCGCGGCCGCCGCCGCCGGGGCGCGCCCGCCCCCCACCGGCCCUAGCCCAAGCAGACGAAGUCCAGACCGACGCCGGAACACCGAACCACGGGAUGCAGGGCCGACGGCAGAAACGCCGAAGACCCCAAGGGGGCGCGAGGGAACCGAGAAAGCCGCGCGGGGGCACCGCGCGGCGGAAGAGCGCAGGCGCGCCGGCCCUGCCGAGAUACGCGGUGGCGGCAAGGGACCGGGCCGAGGCGCGAGCGCGAGACGCCGCGCCGGGGAGGCAAAGGCAACGAGGAGGGCGCGUGAAGGACGGAGGACGUGGAGGCGGAAAAAAGGAAAAAAAGGGAGGGCGCGGGACGGCACGGAAGACGGGCAGCGGCGAAAGCGGGAGCGAAAACAAAGGGCAAAACGGGGGCGGGGGACGGGCAGAGACGGCGAAGCGGGAGCCAAGCCAAGUCGGGGGGCGCGGGGAGCGGGCACAGAGAACGGGGCGGCGGAUUCAACUCAACGGUGGGGCGCGUGACGUGCAGCGGCCGCACCGACAGAGGAGAGAGGAGCGGUGGUGGGGACCGACAGGCCGGCCGCACACGGCUCUGGAGCCCCGAGGUGCCGGCACAGCGAGGCUUGUUGAGGGCUGCCGGUGCCGCGCGCGCCCCGCCCAUGCCAAGGGAGCCAGGGGCGCUUCGCUGUCGCUGCCUGAAUGA